UAAGCUGCUAGCCCAGUGUAGAUUUACAUCCAAGGAAAUUUUAAUGUUUGGUUAAACAUGUCCCAUAGAUUUUAGUUCCAUUUGCAACUAUUCCACAUCUCUUCAUCAUGCAAUCUAUUAUUUCCAAGGCUUUUUUUUGGAACUUUUAGUGAAGGUCAAGACAGCUGGACAUAAUGAAAAAACAAUGAUUGACACAUGAUUACUUAAUUACUUGCUAACUUUUUAAUGGCACUUGUUUUAUUUUUACAGUUAGUGGUUAAAAAACAAGGUCAGUGGGGUUUAAUUACAGGUCUUGUAUGCAUCAUGAUUACUGCUAUAUGGAAAGGUUACUCUAGGCUGCUUGGGAGGUUUCCACUGCCAACUAUGUCAUGCACAACUGGUAGGUUGUCUGAUGGCAACAGGUGAUUGUAUAAGUCAGACUGUAAUUGAAAGAAAAACAUGGAAACAAUAUGACGGUAUACGAACUGGGAGAUUUUUAGUCUUUGGAUUUUUUGUUUUUGGUCCAGCUAUGAGAUUUUGGUAUUUAACAUUAGACAAGCUGUAUGCUGGAAAGAAAUUGGCAGCUUUAAAGAUGACGGCCACUGAUCAGAUAGUUAUGUCACCUAUAUUUCUUUCCACUUUUUUGAUUGGUAUGGGCCUGUUAAAGCGGGAAUCUCCAGAGCAAAUCAAAGAUCAUUUUAAAAAUGAUUUCCCUUCAAUACUGUUAAACAAUUACAAGGUUUGGCCAGCAGCCCAAAUAAUUAAUUUUUACUUCAUGCCGCUUCAGCACAGAGUGUUGUUAGUGAACUUUGUAUCUGUGGGUUGGAAUACCUACCUGUCAUGGGCAUCAGAAAAUAGCUCAAGGACAACUUCAUGAUGUUAAUUUUUCUGGCAUGCUGUACUGUAGUUCUAGAACACCACAGAUCAUAUCAUUCCCUUCACAUUGGUUUUAAUUUAUUUCAUGUUUCACUGAGUGAUGGUGUUUGUAUGGUUUACAAACAUUGGAAUUUUUCUUGAAAGUUGUAGUUAAAUUGAAUGAAACAGAAUGAAAGUAAAACUGCUAUAUUAGCUGUAUGGGUAUUCAUACUUGCCAUGUUUAAAUUUUUUUGUAUAUUAAUGAGAUGGUUGUGUAUUUUUUUUAGUCACUUCACAAAGUUGAAAAUGAUUUUUUUCUAACAUGUCUUAUACUCAGGGUAUUCUAUUUGGUACAUUGUGUGCUUCUUUGUUGAGUCCAAGUAAUCAGGGACAACUAGUUUGUAUAGGCAUUAAGUCAUAAGGACUGGAAAGUAGUGACAGCUCUUUCCAUGAUGUCAUUGUUCUUUCUACUCGACGAUCUCAAUAUUUGAAAAAAUAUAUAUACAGAUUUCAUUUACUUACAAACUGUACCAUUAAACAGACAAUGAAUGCUUAUCAAACUUAAAUAUCCAAUAUCCAGAUUUUAAAAAUUUACACCAGAAUAGACUUUUUCACAUCACUUGUAAAGCCUGUUUUUUUUUUUUAUUUAAUUUUACUGAGAU